AUGGCUUCUUCAACGAGUCGUGGGCUCUGCAGGUCUUGCAGUUUCAGGACUGGUAACGACAAGCGAGGAAGUUUACAUACUGAACAGCUUGAAGAGGCCAAUGGUACGUAUGCUCGCUUACGUGAUUUUAUCAAUCCAGUGUUGAUGUUGAUAUUGUUUUCAGUAUUGUCAUUAAUAUUACGGCCAGUUAAAGCUAGAGAUGAAUAUUUUGAAAUAAGUUGCUUAACUGAACUUUGGCCUCGGUUGUCCUCUCAAGAUGUAUCUCUUCAUGUGCAUCAAGACGCCACCGACCGUAAUCGCCGACUGGAAUCUCCUCGUUACCCUCAUCAUUGCUCGAUGCUUCAUAAUCUGUAA